GUCGACGACAGUUCGCUGAGAAGAGAGCGAAGCGGAGCGGCGAACAGUGACCCCUGCAGGACCGGAGCAGUUUCUAUCGUUUUACUUCUGUUUCUGUAUUUCUCUCAAUAAAGACAGUGUAUAAAACUUAAGAACGUGGACUCAAAUUAUUUUUGGUAAAUCUUUUUAAAUAAAGGUCAUAUUGUAGAUAUUGUCUCUAUUUUAUCUUUAUUUAAAUGUUUCUCUCUUUUUAUGUAUAGAACAUGUAUCAGUUACCAAGCUCCUCUCCUGUGGAACCAGCUUCCAGUUGUGGUUCGGGAGGCAGACACCCUCACCACAUUCAAGAGUAGGCUUAAGACAUUCCUCUUUGAUAAAGCUUAUAGUUAGGGCUGGAUCAGGUGAGUCCUGAACCAUCCCUUAGUUAUGCUGCUAUAGGCCUAGACUAUCGGGGGAUUUCCCAUGGUGCACUGAGCUCCUCCCUUCCUCUCUCUUUCUGCACUCAUUCAUGUUCCAUUAAUGCAUGUUACUAACUUCACUUCUUCCCCGGAGUUCUUGUGCUUUCUCGUCUCGCAGGUUCUCAUGGAUCCUGGUGGAGCCUCCUGCCAUGGUCCUGCUAGACUGCCAUCAUCCUACUAGGAGUAGAACAUGGAAGUAUAAAAAAAUGACAUUUCCUUUCACCACUAGGUGGCGCUCUCACUUUUACUGAAUAUUAUCACAUAGACGUGUUCAGGGCGGGACUCUUAUCAAACGUGAAGUUUCGUUGCAGUCGGAUCAUGUACGCAGAAGUUAUGACGAAUCCCUCUUUCAUGGCGAAGGUUUGAAAUUGGAUGCCACGGGACGCCACGGGCACAAUGUUGGACGAAACAAACUGACUGCACUGACCAAUUCUGAAGUAGAUCCAAUAGAACCUGUAGGAGGAGUUAGUUAAAAUAGAAGCCCUGAAAUGCCAAAAAUGACAUCACAGUGUGACAUUCGUUUAAAAUGGCCAACUUUGACGGCACGCCACGGACACGCCCUUCAACGUACAGUUACAAAUUGAACAGCGUUCAUUCAGCACCAUGUUUUGACUGUACUGACCAAUUUUGAAGCAGAUCCGAUAAAUUAGCCGUUUGGCGGCGCCCGUGCACGGGGACAAUGUCAUAUCGGUAUUUUAGCUACAUUUGAAUUUUGUGCAAAUUUUCAUGGCAUUUUGAGAAUGUUGCGGGGGCCAAAUAUGCGGUCGAAGUCCCAGAGGUAUAAUAAUAAUUCCUAGAGGAACAAUAGGGUCCUUGCACUUGUUAGUGCUCGGUCCCUAAUUAACUCAACACAUGAUUUUUAGCAUAAAAAGAAUAAAACAUAAUCCAGCUCAUGCCCAAAACCAAUCAAAGGAGAGAAGAAGAAAAGGUGGGCGUUCCCUCACUUCACGAGCCAAUCAUAAGAGUGGGCGUUCCUGUGCCCCUUCGAGCCCGUGCCGUUGCUAGGAGAACGUUGCUAGGAUACACCAAACUGAGCCGCCAUCAGUAAAAGUUUGAGUCAGUUACAGCCGCUGUUUACAGUCAGUGAACCGGUUUCUACCGGUCAGUCGGUGCUUCUACCGGUCAGUCGGUGCUUCUAACGGUCAGUCUGUGUUUCUAACGGUCAGUCUGUGAUUCUAACGGUCAGUUGGUGCUUCUAACGGUCAGUCGGUGCUUCUAACGGUCAGUCUGUGUUUCUAACGGUCAGUCUGUGUUUCUAACGGUCAGUCUGUGAUUCUAACGGUCAGUUGGUGCUUCUAACGGUCAGUCGGUGCUUCUAACGGUCAGUCGGUACUUCUAACGGCCAGUCUGUGAUUCUUCCGGUGUUUGGAUAUCAACCGUCGGUCGGAUGGAGAUCGUCCAUGUGUACACGAAGCUCCGCAGUGAGUUUGGCCGGCAGUGCCUCCUCUCGGACCGGCCCGCUGAGCUGCUGGUGGACGUUCCUCCGGACCCGAGUCUGGCUCUACAGUUCAUCCAGAAAACCCCCAGAGACCAGGCACUGCAGGCCUGCCGGGACAUGUCCGAGCACCAGGUAAACACGGAGCGCUUUGAGUCUGACAGCUGUGGGAUAAACCACGUGGAGGGGGGGUGGCCCAAAGACGUGAACCCUCAGGAGGUGGAACAGACCAUUCGCUUCAGGAAGAAAGUGGAGAAAGAUGAGAGCUACAUCAACAGCAUCCUGCAGCUGGGCAGCGUCAUGGAGCACUGCAUCAGACAGAACAACGCCGUGGACAUCUACCAGGUAUACUUUGAGGAGGAGGAGGAAGUGGAGGAGGCUCCGGAUGCGCCAUCCGCCAAGACCAUCAAUGUCUUCAGAGACCCUAACGAGGUGAAGCGGACCGUCACCGGUCUGUCGUGGCAUCCCGACGGCGGCAGGAAGCUGGCGGCCGCCUACUCCUGCCUCGAGUUCCAGAAAACCUCCAAAGACAUGAGCCUGGACUCCUACAUCUGGGACAUUGAGAACCCGAACAGACCCGAGAUGACCCUGAAACCAGCAUCAUCACUGAUCUGUCUGGACUACAACCCCAAAGACCCCCACACUCUAGUGGGAGGCUGCUACAACGGACAGAUCGCAUACUGGGACACUCGGAGAGGCAGCCAGCCUGUGGAGGUUUCCUCUGUGGAGCAGAGUCACAGAGACCCGGUCUACAAGAUCAUCUGGCUGCAGUCCAAGACCGGGACCGACACCUUCUCUGCCUCCACUGAUGGACAGGUUCUUUGGUGGGACGUCCGCAGGUUGAGCGAGCCCACAGAGCGUCUGGUUCUGGACCUGAGCAGAGAAGGGAACCUGGACCGAGCUCUAGGAGCCAUCUCUCUGGAGUUUGAGUCCACCAUGCCCACUAAGUUCAUGGUGGGGACGGAGCAGGGUGUGGUCGUCUCCUGCAACAGGAAGGCCAAGACUCCGGCAGAGAAGAUCGUGUGUACGUACGACAGCCACCACGGACCCGUCUACGCCCUGCAGAGGAACCCCUUCUUCCCCAAAAACUUCCUCACUGUGGGGGACUGGACGGCUCGAAUCUGGUCUGAGGACAUUAAGGAGUCGUCCAUCAUGUGGACCAGGUAUCAGAUGUCGUACCUGACAGACGCCUGCUGGAGUCCAGUCAGACCCUCCGUCUUCUUCACUGUAAAGAUGGACGGAGUUCUGGAUGUCUGGGACAUCUUGUUCAAACAGAACGAGCCCACGCUGAGUCUCAAGGUGUGUGAUGAGGCCCUGUACAGCCUCCGGGUUCAAGAUAACGGGCGUUUGGUGGCGUGUGGCUCUCAGCAGGGCGGAGCCACCCUGCUGGAGAUCAGCUCCGGACUGUCGACCCUCCAGAAGAACGAGAAGAGUCUGCUGGCUGCUAUGUUUGAGCGGGAGACGAAGCGAGAGAAGAUCCUGGAGGCCCGACAGAGAGAACUCCGUCUGAAGGAGAGGAGUCGAUCGGAGCAGAGCAGAGAGGAGGACGUGGGGCGAGAGGACGGAGAGGACAGUCCCGAUCAGCUGAUCUCCAGAGCCCAGAAGGACUUCUACAGCGUGGUGGAGACAGAGCUGAGGAGGAGGAGGGACAGGGAGGACCAGGAGAACCGGGAGAAAGACGUCUGUGAAGAAAAAGAAGUGAAAGACGAAGCUGGAAGGUCUCAGUGAACACGGACGCGUUUCUGUUGGACAAUAUUUAUUCUUUAUUGUUCAAAGUCACACAAACAAUAAACAGAGUUAAACAGUAAA